GAGGCUGCUCUCUGCAGACAGCUGCCCAUGGAAGCGGACACUCUGGCCACGGUUCAGGCUGCGGUCAACCCACCUGCCAUGACUCCCGACAUGAGGUCUGUCACCAAUAACAGCUCAGACCCCUUCCUCAAUGGAGGGCCCUACCACUCCCGGGAGCAGAGCACCGACAGCGGCCUGGGGUUAGGGUGCUACAGCGUCCCCACAACUCCAGAGGACUUCCUCAGCAAUGUGGAGGAGAUGGAUACAGGAGAAAAUGCAGGUCAGACACCUAUGAGCAUCAACCCCCAGCAGACCCGUUUCCCAGAUUUCCUUGACUGUCUUCCCGGGACGAACGUUGACUUAGGAACGCUGGAAUCUGAAGAUCUGAUCCCUCUCUUCAACGAUGUCGAGUCUGCUCUGAACAAAAGCGAGCCUUUUCUGACCUGGCUGUGACCACUACUGUUGUAACGUGGGUGCAGCUGGGACCUGACGUUUCCUGGGCCUCUUGGAAAAAGCCAUGGAGCAGAGCAAGCGUGCGUGCGCAGGUGCUCCCCUCUCUGCCUCCACGACUCAUGCUCACUCCCUCCUUCCCACGGGGCCAGCCUAAUCAUUGCCUGGUUUGCAUCAACACUCACUUAAGCUAAACAGAAAUGCAUAUUCUAUCUUCAUUUUCUGCAAGCCUGCAUUCCUCUGAAAGAAUACGCAGAGUUGCCCCCGCUCUGUCUAUCUCUCUAUCUCCCUCUAUCUAUCUGCUCUCCCACGGCCAAACUUUCUGGGUGUUAGGUGAAAUUCAUCCAUCACUUGAGUACAAACCAUUCAGACAGGCAAUUUGGUCCAGGAAAUGGGCAGAAAAUUAGAUCUGAUUUACGGUUUCAAAGGCUAUACUGAUGAUGAUAGCAGUUCCAAAUGCUUUAAAAAUCUUUUUAACUUGAGCUUUAGAACAACAACAACAACAAAAAAAAUCAUUCUAUGGCUGGUAAGAUUCUGCUGUGUGGGAUACAAUGCAGUUUUGAAGCCCUGCUGGCUCUGAGAGCUCUUUUACUGCGCACGUACCAUAGCAUGCCUCGUCCUGCCUGCUCCAUUCCUUUCGGCUGCAUGGUAUCCAGAUGGCAUUGGACUGCCAGCGGGAGGCCCCCAGCCGUGGCCGUCAUGGUCUUACACCUCUGAGCUUAGCAAAGAGACCAGUUUGGUACUAAUUACAAACAUGAGUGGAUCAAAACUUUUACAAGUUGGAUCUUUUUUAAAAUGGUGGCUAAGAAUUUGAUAAUUUUAUCGAGCAAUGUAAUUUUGUUGUCGAGGGCAAAGGGCAGUCAGAUAUUGGCAGAUCAAGCAGCGGCAGCUUUUUGUCUUUACAACUCUGCUGAAAGCACACUCAACAAGCUGUUGCUUUUCAAUUCUGCUUUUAAGAUGUCAAGUGUUUAAAAUAAUCCUAUCUAUGAAACUGUGUGAAGGAUGAAGCAGAAGCCUAUGGUGGAGACAUAUGUUUCUGAAUUCAGCAAAAUUGAUUGCUAAGUGUAUUAGCCUAAUCCUGUUUGCUAUAGUUGGUAUCAAAAGGCAUGACCUAUGUACUCAAUACCUCUUAUGUAACCAAAAACCAUUGUUUAUUCGCUUUGAAGGACUGAGAGCGCGUCAUGUUGAGCUGGCACGCCAUCUAUUUGCAUGGCCAAUGAAGUCCUCAACUGUUGAAUAUUUUGAACUGACAUUAUUUAUAGUCUAUGAAUUUAAUCUUUUGUUUGAAAUUCAUUCGUAAUUCAGGUCUCUGAGAGGAACCUUUCAAUUCCCAACUGCGGGGAGCUUAUUUGUUGGGGAUGUUUUUUUGAGGUCCUGAUGGAUCGACAGGACUGUAGGUCUACAGAGCGGAUUUGAUCUUGUGGGCAAGAAGGCAAGUGCAGAGGUGGGAGACGAGGUGGAGCCGACAUGGGAUGCGGUGGGCACGGUGCCUGUUGUGAAAUGGAAAGGGACAAGGGAUAGGAUUCCCCCUCCCCCCAGAGCAAGUCGGGCAGGAGGUAGGAGAGGGGACCCCAAAGGACAGAGCAGCGAUUCUCUUCUGCAGCAUUUCUACCCGAAGAAUUUUCUUGUCGGAGAAACGAAGGCUUUGGUGCACUUUUCGUGGGACGCAGAGGGGCAGGGCUGGUGCUGGGUGCCCUGUCCAGGCUGAAGAAGUAGGCAGAGAAGAGCGUGGACCUGCUGCGGCCUCUGACACCAUGGAGGGAUGUCCUUUACCCCGAAGGACCCGUGCUUUAUGUCCCCUGUUCCUUCCUUUUGUGUCCUUGGAGCAGUUGAGGAUGGUGUUUCUCUUGCUACUACAUCGAAAAGGAGCGCUAUAUCUUUUUCUCUUUUGUUAGCAAAAAUUGCAAAAAGAGUUGUACAUUCUUUCUAAGAAAAAAAAAGAAG